GAAAGCGUAACAGGAAUGGCUGGCUGCUGGGAACGUAGCCCGCCGAAGAGUACGUGCGGUACAUUUCUCCGGUGCAAGUCGAAGCUUCUCUAGCUAGCUAGCUCGCUUGCUCGCCCGAACGAAGAGACGCCUACGUGGAAUUUGGUCGUCGUGGGGAAAUGUGCGCACAACGGGUGAAAGAAGAAGAAGGGCUCGACAAGGAAAUUUGUAGCACGGAAGAGGAGGAACUUCGACUCAUGGAGGCACUUUGCCGCCAGCCUCCAGGUGUCCCACGAGCAGCAGACCUCAGUGAAGAUCUUCGUUGCGAGCAGCUGGAGGCUGAUCCCCCCCACCUCAAAGACGCCUGCUCCCACAUUAAAGAGGAGGAGCUCGAGCCCCCCCGCAAUAACGACGAGGGGAAGCCGAAGCCCCACCGCAUUAAAGAAGAAGAGCCGGACGAUGACCUCACCAAGGUUCCCUUUAUUUCCGUCACUGUGAAGAGUGAAGAAGGUGACGUAGACCACGAUGGAGGAUCCCAAAUGGUCGACAUCUCGGCUCCGCUGUCCGAUAGCGACGACAUAACGUCGCACUCUUCUGAUAGGGAUGACGAUGAACAGCACUCAAAAGAGGACACUGACAACAAAAGUGUGAAAUGUUCCCACUGUGACAAAACCUUUUACAGCAAGUCCUUACUGAAAGAACAUGGACGAAAACACACUUUUGCUUGCUUAGUUUGUGGCAAAGGAUUCUCGUUCGAGAAAAAUUUAAAAAUGCACACAAAAACGCACACGGGAGAAAAACUGUAUGUCUGCUCAGUUUGCGGUAAAAGGUUCACGCAGAAUGGAGGCUUAAAAAUGCACACAAGGACGCACACGGGAGAAAAACCUUUUGCCUGCUCAAUUUGCGGUAAAGGAUUCUCUGAAAAGACACGUUUGACAAGACACACGAGAACGCACACUGGAGAAAAACCUUAUGGCUGCUCAGUUUGCGGUAAGGGAUUCGCUGAAAAGACACAUUUAACGAGACACACGAGAACGCACACUGGAGUAAAACCUUACGGCUGCUCCGUUUGCGGUAAACGGUUUACCCAGAACGGAGAUUUAACAAUACACACGCGAACACACACCGGAGAAAAACCUUUUGCUUGCUCAAUUUGUGGUCAAACAUUCUCCUUGAAGGGACACCUAACGGCACACACAAGAACACACACCGGGGAAAAACCUUUUUCCUGCUCAGUUUGCGGUAAAAGAUUCACUGUGAAGAAAGGUUUGACGAGACACACAGCUACACACACGGGUGUGAAACCUUUCGCCUGCUCAGCUUGUCAUAAAAGAUUUGCAAAAAAGGAGGAUUUAACAAAGCACAUGACGAAACAUAUUAGUGAAAAAUAAUUUCAUUGCAGUGUGUGUGGCGAUGCAUUAUUUUAUCAGAGACACGAGUGUGCUAGUGAGAAGAGCAGCAGGCAUUGAAGCUGCAGAAUCAACUGAAAUGACAAAAUACACUCCCUGAUGAACCUCUGAGUACAUGACUUGGAUGACAAAUCACUCGGUUUCUGCUCUCGAUUUAUUAAAAAAAAAAAAAAGUUAUCCGGUUUUGGCCAUUUUGGGAGAGGGGUGCAAAAAGUCUGAGCACAGAUGUGAAAGGAACCCUUGUGCUUUUCCCUCACUGUGUUUUUGCAUCGACUGAAUUGAAUGAAUCUGGUUUCCAUUCUGUGUGUGUGAGUGGAAAAUAAGUAUUUGAACACUGUAGCUGCCACAAGUGUCAGUUAAUUAUACUACUUGAAUUAAUUUCAUUGUUUAUUGAUUUUUUUUUGUUAUCGUUAUUUCAUGUUUACAUAGCGGAACUUUGUCCACCACUGUUGGUGGUGUCAGGACGUUUAGUUUGGCGCGCUUCCUCAAAGAUUCAAAGGCAGUUAGAAAAAGAAGCGGCGACAAAUAAGUUAACUCCGUUUGGUCAGAAGGUCAAUGAGGUGUUUUUAAUUGUUUAUGGUGUUUUGUCAUUUAUUUGUGUAAGAUGAAUUUAAUGUGUUUUUCUUUUGGAUAUAGUUCUUACGGCAUCUCGACAUUCGAGCUUAUUGACGUGCUGACGUGUUAA